GUGACCCACAAGAUCGUACGUUAACUUUAUCUGCCAUUCAUAAUGCAGCUAACCUGGGACAGCUUGUAACGGAGUCUUCGGCUUGUCUCCAUGGUUUCCAUCGCCGAGGGCUGGAUGCAACCCAUUCGGGCAUGAACAAAUUCGCUGGCCCAGAAUGCCCCAACUUUAAACUCGUCAAAGAUGUGGUUAGGCAAUUAGCUGGAAACGCAUCGGCCGUUCUGACACUCCGGAAGAACUCACCUGACGAGCGGCACCGGAUGGUCCCGUUCGGACGUAACGGGGAAUUCGUCGGCCGUGAAGCGAUUCUCCAGGACCUCCUCGGGAGGAUCCCUCCUAGUGUGGACAAGGAUAACUGCCAGCGGACUGCAAUCGAAGGGCUAGGAGGUGUUGGAAAGACGCAGAUCGCACUCGAGGCCGCUUUUCGUGUUGGUGACGCGCAUCCGGACUGCUCGGUUUUUUGGGUUCCCGCCGUGGAUGCCACCAGCUUUGAGAACGCAUACCGCGUCAUCGGCCAGCUGCUCAAGGUACCCGGGAUCAACGAGGAGAAGGCAGAUGUCAAGGCACUUGUCAAGACAGCCUUGAGUUGUGAAAGCACGGGCAGCUGGCUUUUGGUCAUCGACAACGCUGAUGAUAUAAAGCUCUUUGGCGACAUGGACCUCGGCGACUAUCUUCCAUU